ACAACCGCUAAUUGUGCUCUUCACACCUCGAUAUCUCCAGCGACCCCACCACAUCACGAUUUCGAGCAACUUUUAACAUCCACUUGAGCGACGAUGGCGGGAUUCGCGAACUCUAUGCGCAGCCUCUUGAGCCGCGGACAGCCUUCCAGUAAUUGGACUCCGGGUUCGAUUGCGCGCUUCGACGGCAUGGGUGAUAGCCAUAACCAUCCCCAGCAGCAGCAUUGCGGUACCUCUCUACAGCAAGCCAUCCACAACGGUUCAGCGGCUGCAGACGACUCUGUGCCACCUCUACCGGGACCUUACGAGGCUACUGGACAAGACUAUACUUGUCAGCCUGCUAUUCCGCACAAGUGCAGUCAGCCAGUCCAGCGUUUCGCAGUAGAACAGGGCGGGGAAGAUAGUGAUCAUAUGUCUGAUACGGUGCAAGAGCUUGAACAGACGGAACAGGAAUUGAUACGACAGGUGUCUUCGCGUACGGUGACUGCUCAACCUUCUGAAGCUCCAACCCCCUCUUCCCACAUCGUCAAUCAUUCUCGUGCCAUACAGCUCCAAGAUACUGUGAAUCUCGAAAGCGCGGAGGUUCAAGUGAAGCACGGCCCAGCAAUUGAAGAGCACGAAGACCACGACAUGUUCGCCGAGUUCACGAACGAAGACUUUCACGAGGGUGGUGCGCAACCCAGCAUGCAGAUUCAGCGCCGUUCCAAGUCCACAGAUCUUCGUGUGCCCACUGCCCCUUCAAUCAAGCAAGAACCCGAAUCCGAGAGCUUGCUGUGUAUCAACGUAACUGAGCGCGUCGAAAACGUUGACUCUGCGAACACCUCAGGCCGCAGUAUGUUUGAGGACAGCGCUGCCAUGCCGGAUGACCCGCCCCAGGCUCUUGCAUUUGGCACUCAGGAACCAUCCAUUCAGGCUGGGUUGUUCCGAGGUGGCUUCAAGUCGGAGCGCCUGCAGUCGCAAGUCCCACAUGGCCAAGUCACUCAUGCUGGCGUAUUUCAACAGAAGUAUGCCCAUGACCCCCGGCAGUCAAUCACCGACUCUCAGAUGCAGCCCAACAACGGCAAAGAUUUGCGAUCUUCCUCUGUUGACUCUGUUCUCGGUAUUCGACGACACAGCUCAGAGGACAAGACGUCGUUACUUGGUGGCACGGAUCUGUUGGCCAACACGCAACUGCUCGCGCAACAGUGGCAGCAGCGGCAGAAGUUGUGUGCUACGGGUAAUCUAACUGCAAAUGCAGUGCAAGCAAGACCGGGAUUACUCCAUAGUCCAAGGCCCACUCAAGAUCAGAGUGUUCUACAGGUAGUACCAGCGGUUCAGCCGCCUCAAGACAUUUCCUCCUAUCCGCCUUCGCCUACGUAUUGGCAACGCCAAAGCUCUUCCGUCUCUCAAAACUCGAAUCUGCAGCGCCCUGCUUGCACUCCGGCUACGCAGCACGGUCAGUCCCAGUCUUCUUGGCUGAUCUCAGGCUGGCAUUUCGAUCAGAUCAUGCCACAGGCACCUCCUUCUGAUCUUUCAAAAACCCAAAACUCUCUACCUCAGGGUUCGGUAAGCUCAGGAUGUAUCACUGAAAUACAAAACAAGGGCACUUUGGAGGCCUCCGAUGAUGACGAGCCCCUGGCCACUCGCGUACCUCGUCAUCGUUCUACCACUGCCGGUCCAAUGCUGGCCAGCUCCCAGUUGCCAGCCCAUUCGAACUCGAUGUCGGAGUCUGCUGCAGCUCAACCGAAGCCGCGCAUUCCGAAUAUCAAGCAGGACUCUGCCAUCAAGCUGUUAGACGACGAUGAUGAAGAUACUGCCGAGCCCAUCUCUUGGAAGUUACCUGAGUUCGAAGUCACUUACCAUCCUCCUGCUGCUGCCAAUGAUCUGCCUAUGGCUAAGGUCUCCAUCCUUGGGAGCGGGAGCUCAGAAAACCUCGUUCGCUCUGAGGUCGCGCUUACAGAGGAUCACGCGCUUAACGAGAUGGAGCUCUUUCUCAACGUCUUCCUCCCCGCACAACGAGCUUUGCAGACGCCCGACCCCGAGCCAGCUCACGCAGUCAUCAACUUCCACACAAUUUCAGUCAUGGUGCUGGAGGCGUUUGUGCAGUACGAGAUCGGCGACGAAAUGGGUCGUGGCUACGGCUUUCACGGCGGAAACGUCAGUAAUCAGGCACUUCGCCCCAGCCCUUCCUCCUCUAACGGCGAAAUUGUACGCACACGCUCAGCAAAGGAUGCUGACGUUGACGAGAUUUUCUUCGCAGUCAUCGAUCGCUGGCGAGCCGGUUCCAUCUCUGGCAAGGGGACUCUGAAGCUCAUCCGUGGCGUCCAGGAAUUCUGCGACAUCGCCCUUGACGUUAUUUAUCACGUGAAGGAGCAUGGUCUGAAUCAGCCAGGGCCGAAGCAGAGGAAGGAGAGGAGUGACAAGGGCGUGAAGAGGGGACCCAGGGGUGGUACUCAAGAGACUGAGACGAAGGGCAAGGCUACUGGUAAGAGGAAGGCUGAUGCUGUGGAGUGCAGCGCUCCAGCAAAGAAGGGUAAGGUGAACGAGGUGCCGGUGCACAAGAAGGCGAAGACUGAGGUCAAAAAGACACCAGCGAAGAAGGCACUAUCCAAGACAAAGCCAAAGGUCAAUUCGUCCAGCGUGACCGUCAUUAGGAACUUGAAGUAG